AUGGCUAUUAUUUUUUCAAAAAAAAACACCAUUGAAAAUAUCUUUGCUAUGGAAUCCAAAAGCUCAAAGGAUUUUCAUUUUGGUAUUUUUUGGAAAUUUAUUUUCAUUAGUAUCAUAAUGCAAUUUUUUUUAUUAAUAAUUUCUUACACUAGUUCUCUUUCAUACAACACUUUGAUGGAAAAAGCAUUGUGUUUUGUAUUACCAGUAGUAUUCCAAACUAUAUUAAUAUUUGAAACAAUAAUAGAAUACUACCAAAAUAAUUUGAUAGAGUUAAAUAUUGGUUUGGAUAAUUUAUUAGAUGAUAAAAAACUCCAAACCGAUUUUGAUAAUAUCAAAAGUUUAGAAAUAAAUGAAAGAUUAUUAGAAAAAAAACUGUCUAACAAUUUUUUAGAAUUAAAUCAUAGGGUUCAAUAUCAACCACAACAUCUAGAGGAGACACAACAUCCACAACAAGAGCAACUACAGCAAGAAGAGAAACCACUAAUAUUAAAUCAAUGGGUUCCAAAAAAAUUUGUAUCAGAAAAAAAUAAUUUAAUCUUGGGGGAAUUAAAAGUUAUUGAUAAUCAUUUAUCUAAUGGCGACUUUUUGGGAAGUUUAGAAACUUAUCAACUUGACCUCUUUGUUACAAAUAUUGUAAACUGUGCCAUUUAUUAUGAUAAUGUAUCAGAUGAUAUAAAAACUAUUAGUAGUCUAAUAGUUUCAAAAGUAUUUGCCCAUGCAUAUUUGGAUUCAAAUAUUUCAAAAGAUCAUUUAGAUAUGAUCGAAUCUGUUAUUGCAAAGGUACACAAAAUCAUUGAUAAUUAUCAAAUGUACAGACUUUAUGAAAUAGAAGGUGCAGUUUCUGUAUUCAAAGAUUUGGCAAAUUCCCUCAAAAAUAAUAAAACCAAUGGUAAAAUCAACGACAUGGUAAUAAUCGAUAUGGUUUGGUGUUCCGCUUUAGAACUCUUAGAACAUUUAGAUUAUCUCGGUUUUCACCAAUUUUUCCCACAAUUGCAUAACGAAACAUAUCAUAUUGUUUGCAAUUAUUUGCAUUUUACCAGUGAUACAAUCCGUUCCGAACACCUAAAUAGAUUUAUGGACAUUAAAAAUUUCUCAAAUUAUUAUUCAACGGUUUUGCUAUCUUAA